AUGCCAUUGUUCGUGACAUCAUCUGGCUUGUUGGAUCAGAAGGAGGAUCAGAAUGAACCAGCAACCCGUCGGGUCAAACCCCGCGAAAACGAACGCUCAUCGGGACUUCAACUUUAUUCAAGUUACGUGGAUAACGACCGGCGUGAUUAUCGUCGCGAUAAGAAUAGACGGAGUCGUUCUCGGUCGACCGAUGGUAGACGUUCGCGAGGGAAGUCUCAAGUCGUUGAUGAAGAAGAAGAGGCAAUUCGGAAGAAACUUGAGAGAAAACUGCGUGAGAAAGAAGAGUCCUAUCAAAAGAGACUUAAACAGUGGGAAGCUCGCGAGAGAAAAAAAGCUGCUGAAUAUGAACAUGAGCGUGAACAUGAACGCAAAAGACAAAAUGAACUUCAGAUUGAAGCUAAACGUUUACGGGAGUUUUUCGAAGAUUACAAUGAUGAUGUUGAAGACCCCAAGUACUACAGUUCAUUGGNGCUCCGCGAAGAAGACGACUCAAAGGUGCAAGAAUCCGACCACAAUUCACCAGCUCUAUCCAACAAUCCUAGCGAGGGAGGACGACAUGCUCAAUCCCAAUUUACUGCUGAAUUUGUGCCAACGCCAGUGGAUGAAGCAAGUGUUAGUUUGUCCAAAGACGGCUCAAGCACGUUUUUGUUUGCAAUGAGUGCAGCUGAGCCAGUUGUGCGUAAAAAGGCUGCCGCAUUUGCCGACGAGGAGCCCGAAGAUAAGCCCAAGAAACAUACUCCAAGUUGGCUACCACCCUCUGCAUUCAAAUCUACGGAAACCGUUCCCGAUGCUCAAAACGGCUCCGAUACCAGUGCCUUAGUAGCCUGUUUGUCCGCUGAGGAGAAAAAAGCAAUGAUCAAACGGCUCAUCGACAGCAUUCCUACCAGCAAGAAGGAUUUGUUCAGUUUUCCAAUAGAUUGGGAGAUGGUGGAUGAAAACUUCGUAAAUACAAGGAUAAAACCAUGGGUAGAUAAGAAAAUCAUCAGCUAUAUCGGUGAGGCAGAGGCUACCCUAUCGAACUUUAUUUGUGAUCAAGUCGUACGCCGAAACCCACCGGAGCGUAUUCUCUCCGAAGUUGCAAUGCUGGGUGACGAAUCAGUCAAUACUGAGGAUCCAAGCGAACAGCCGCAUUCAUUCAUGCGCAUCCGUCGUUGGGGCUUGCGUCUAUGGAACUCAUUUUUCCCCAAGAAUGCUUAUCGAUACACCUUGGUUGACGGCCUGAACUAUCGACGAUCAUAUAAGAAACAACAAUGGAAAUAUGCUCUGAUUACCGAAUUCCCGUUCUACAUUGGGCUUCCGUUAACCCUAUCUCUGGCUUAUCUGAAUGAUACACUUGCACUAUGUAUUUCAUUCCCACUGCUUCUCCUUGUUAUUGCCUUUUUGUAUCAUAUGCUUGAGAAUGCUCUGGUUUAUGCGCGCAACGAGCCCAGUCAUUCACGAAUGCUGUACGAAAACCCGGCAAGUCAUGGAUUUGAUACUUGGGAGCUGGUCACACUGCAUCCGGAUGGGCCGGGUGAACCACAUAUAAUGGGAUUCCUCCUUCUUAUAGGCGAUCCUGUUGUGCGUGCUAGCAGUCCAACUAUUCUUAUGCUUCAUGGAAACGCCGGAAAUGCAGGACAUCGUCUUCAGUUUUGUCGAUUAGUGAUGGAUGCUGUGAAAUGUAACAUGUUCAUAAUCGACUACCGCGGAUUCGGUCGUAGCACAGGGGUGCCCAACGAGCAUGGACUUUACGCAGAUGCUCGAUCGGCUUUGGAGUUUUUACAUAAUCGAUCUGACUUGGCGGGAGACAAAAUCUAUUUGUUUGGCAGGUCAAUCGGUGGUGCGGUCGCGAUCCACUUGGCCACUAGUUAUUCUGAUUUGCCUAUUCGUGGUGUUAUGGUAGAAAAUACGUUCACUUCAUUGCCGUCUGUGGCACGAACCAUCUUUGGUUCUUCAAUGAGUUCUCUAACGAACUACCUUCUUCCCACGUACUUCUUCGUCAACCGAUACCCAUCUUUGAAGCGUUUGCGUUCAAUCGGUUCUAGCACGAGGAAGACACCUUUACCUCCUUUCCUCUUCCUUUCUGGAGAGGCUGACGAUAUCGUUCCACCGAAGAUGAUGCACGAGUUAUAUCAGGCCUACUCAAACGCGCAGUGUAUUGGACCACCACCGCAAGUAUUUACACCGAUAACUUUUUCCAAAAAUGGACAUCAUGGUUUAGUCACUUUUCCAGACGGCAAGCAUAAUUGCACAUGGCUGUGCCCCAACUGGACGGACGUUAUAUGUCGUUUUAUCCAGGAGUCUCUGCACAUGCCUAUGCCCGCAUACCAUCAAACGAUCGUGUAG